AUGGGUAUAAAAAGUGCGCUUAAAAUGGAUAAGAAAAAUGUUUCAAAACAAACAUCACAUAUACCUAUGUUUCUUGUUCAUCAACAACCAAAUAUAUUAAAUGAUACUGGAGAGGAUGGUUCUUUUCCAAUUAGAGAUGAAUGGUUGGAUAUAACUAAUCGAAUUGAUGAACAUCCAUCUACUGAAGAAUUGGCAUAUGAUUCAGCCAGUCAAAUGGCAUAUUUAAUUCGUGAACGACAGAAUGAUGAAAGCUGUAAAUCGUCGGUUGCUGCAUGCGAUGCUUAUACGUCAAUGUGGCCACAAAUCGAUGGUCUUUGCGACUUAUUUUUUGUAAAGUGUUUGGUUGAAGUAGCCGGUAUGAUUUGCCGUAAUUAUACUGAGAAGGAUAUUUUCAAAUAUGCACCAGACUUAUGCGAUAAUGUAUCCGAUUUCUGUACUCAAAACCGAGAAGCAACGAUUUCAUUCUGCUGGGCGUAUCUCUAUCAUCGAUAUGGAGAAAUUUCAAUGAAUCCGCAACCUUCAAAGACAAGACUUAACAAAUUUAUAGAAAAUUUCAUUUAA